AAUGAAAGUGAAUAAUCUUCGACCAGUCUAAAUUACAGUGAAAUGGAGUCGUUAUUACGUCGUGAUUUGAUCAAAACAAUUGAACGUUAUCAAUACAGCAUCCAGCAUGUAAAUCCUCCAGAUAUAGACCCUCAAAGAGUACUUCAUUAUCUCCGCAAACUAUCCAAACUACCGAUAAAAUUAGCAGAACUGGAGAAAACCGGGAUUGGUAAAACAGUCAACUCUCUACGUAAAUAUCGAGGUUCGAUCGGAGACGAAGCAGGAUUACUCGUUGGCAAAUGGAAAGCAAUAGCUAUAAGACAAGUCGUCGAAGAAGACUUAGAAUCGUGUAAACAGAACGACGCAGAUUCGCUUUCCGAUAAGGAUUCUCCUAGUAACGAGUAUAAUUACAAGACGAGUAAAUCGAGUAGUACAUCGACGAAAUUAGAUCUAGAAAAAGUACGUCCUGUGAAAUCAAUUCAAGAAAUUACACUAAAACCGAUCAAACAUAAAACACGUCCAGUUAACGAUAGAAAGAGGAGGAGUCGUGCUUCUGAUGAAAAUAAAUUCGAAAGAAACGAAAAGUAUGCAAAAUUAGAGCCUAGAAGUUGUUCAAAAGAUGAAAAUUACGCAGACGAACCUAUUACGAGAAAGGAACCUGCACGUAAAUCUAUCAACGUCGAAGAUCGGCUCCGCAAUAACGAUAGAAGCAGUAAGAGACACGAAUCACGUGAGGAUAAUGUGAAAAAACAUCACGAAUCGAGCAAAAGUAAAGACCAUCAUACACGUGACUACGAUAGAAGUUCUCAUUUAGAAAACAAUCGUGAUCGUACAAAUUCGUCGAUGAAUAAAGAGCACAGUGAUGAGGAAUACGAUUCGAUGAAAAACAGUAAAUCUAGCUCGAAAUAUUUAUCCAACGAAUCUAUCGCGAGUCCCAUUAAUGACUAUUGUUCAGAUAGCGAUGAUUAUUACGACGAUGACGAUGAUGAUGAUGAACCCAUAAAUAGUACUGAUGAAGAUUUUGGUGCUGCUUUACUCGGUAUUUCGAAAGCUGUCACGCCGGUCAAAAAUAAAAACGCUGCUUCGAAAUAUUCCAGUAGUAUUCCUAGUUCCCCGGGCACUAAUUCACCAAGGAAUAGUGAUAGUGAAUUCGAUGCAUUAUCAAGCAGCAUAAAGAUGGAACCUUUGGAUGAAAUAGACUUGGAUGAAUUAGAAGAAGAAGAAGAUACCAAAAAAUCUAAUGAGAAUUCGUUAAGCUCGAGAAGAUCUCAAAGACUGAAGGAAAUAUCCAAAGAGGAAGCUCAGAAUUCUAUGACAAUGAUGACAACGAGUAAAACUCAAAGGACUAAAGUAUUCUCCGGAUGUAAGAGCAAAGUUACGAUGAAAUGCCCAACUUUAUUCGAAUUAUGUACUAGAGUAUUACAGGAUAAUUUUGACUAUCUCGAGUAUACAGGAGGUGUUCCUUACGAUGUCUUGAGACCAGUUUUAGAAAAAGUUACUGCGGAACAACUGUAUAAUUUUGAACAACUGAAUCCUUAUUUGAUCGGCGAAACUGAUGAAUUAUGGGAGUAUCACGCUGCGAGACAUUUCCGCCGAGCCAAAAGACUGCAUUAUGAGACAUGGAGAGAUCUGUAUAUGAGAUGCGUCGAAGAACGUGAUGAGAAAUUACAAACAGUAAGAGAAAACAUAUCGCAAUCAAUAGCCAAUUCGGCGCCAGUUCGUAAAACAAAAUUAGCGUACCUCGAUACAACACAAGUUAAACCUCCUAGAAAUGUGGCCAAAAGUCAGGUUAAAAACGGUACUUCUCCCGUGGCAGUGAAAAGACCUCCAAAAGGACCUCAACCAUCUCCAGCUGCUGUUCAAUCGGUGAAAGAAAGACUAGCUCAACAAAGUCUAGCAGCUCCUCAGGCAGUUACCGUAUCAUCGAAAAAUUCAUUAAAUAUACUGAAGAAGAAAAAAGCACCUUUGAUGAUGAAAUCGCUGCAAUUAUUAAAAGGCAUGAAACGUUGAUAUCGUGCGGAUAAUUUGACGACGAAGAUAGAUGUUGGUUUUUUAAUGUAUAUAAUUUUUAUUAUUUUUAUUAUGUUGUUUUUCUUAUUUUUAUUUACUUCUACUAUGUGAGAUUUCUGCAACAUUGAGGAUGAAAUUUUAGUGACCCAGCUAGCUAAAAGGUUUUGAUUCGAACGAGUCGUAUUGAUGUGUGAAUUCAAAAUGUUUUUAUGUUUUUCUACAUCUGCGUACCAUUUAACUAGUUGAUCUUUUAUUUAAUUAAUAGUUCCUUGUUAUAUUGUGGAAAAUGUUGAUGAGUGUUUUUGAGUUUUUUAUAUAUUCGUUAUGAGAUCGUGAUUUUGUUUUAAAUGAAUAAGUAUUUACGUUUUAUUAUUAUUAGUAUCGUUUUAAUAUCUCUAAUUAUACCGUCGAUAUUACCCGAGUUUUUUAAAUGCGUGAAAAAGUUAGAUUUUGUUUCUCAAGUUUUUAUGUUAUUUAUGUAUUCGAAUGAACAUAAAAAUAUUUUCUUUUCAAAUGUUA